CUGCGCAGUACAUUUCUAACCCUCCCAUUCAUAAAAAGCCAUUUCCCUCAUGUAGUUGCAACAUCGUAUGGAGAAGAAGACUUGUGUCCUUACCGCAGUGCACAUCGCACGGAUAGUCCUCCGGAUUUUUUUCCCUUCGUGGCUUCGUUUGGAUCUAUCUAUUGUUGGAAUAUAUCGCAAUAAUCUGUUCAUCUGGGAAGGAAAUGAUCUGUUUUCUAAUACAAGAGUGCUAAAUGCUGACCUGAUCUCUGGUAUAUGAGGAACAUAACCUACAGAUGGAGUCAAGGGUUCCUCACCACAUUCCUGGAGUCUCCUCCUCCAUCAUGGUGCAGCCUUUGCUGGACAGCCGAGUUCCCUACGGACGGCUCCAGCACCCAUUAACUAUCUACCCCAUUGACCAAAUGAAAUCUUUACAUUUGGAGAAUGACUACAUUGACACCCCCGCUGUGAUCUCACAACAGCCACCGAGCCACAAGGCAAGCACGAGGGGGCAGGAAGUCCUGCUGGGAGCCCCACACCAUCCUCAUCUGUCCCGCUGCGAGGUCCCAGAUGCCACCACACAUCCGUGGAUUUCGUUCAGCGGUCGGCCCAGCUCCAUCAGCAGCUCCAGCAGCACCUCCUCCGACCAACGGCUGCUGGACCAUGCAGCUCCCCCCCCUGUUGUGGAUCCAUACACGACUGGCAAUGGCCAUGGCAGGACUCUAGGUGCAGAGCAACCCAAGGUGAUGAGCUCCAAGACUCAGAACCUGAAGGCAGUGACGGCCUUGCCGGUAGAGAAGAAGCACGUGCUGUUGUGCGACAAGUGUGGCAAAUGCCGAUGUACAGAGUGCACAUUGCCUCGGGCCUUGCCCUCUUGUUGGGUUUGCAACCAAGACUGCUUGUGCUCAGCGCAGAACCUAGUGGACUCUGUCACUUGCAUGUGCCUGGUCAAGGGCGUCUUCUACCACUGCACUGAUGAGGACGAGGAAGGCUCCUGUGCCGACAAGCCGUGCUCCUGCUCGCACUCGAACUGUUGCGCGCGAUGGUCCUUCAUGGCAGCCGUUUCACUGGUGCUGCCCUGCCUGAUGUGUUAUUUGCCCGCCACUGGUUGCGCCAAGCUUUCGCAGAAGUGCUACGAUGGCAUCAGCCGCCCAGGCUGCCGCUGCAAAAGCACCCAGUCCUGCAAGGUGGCGGAGGUCAAGGCCUGUCAGCUGGAAAAGCAGGCCUCGUGAUGACGUGCCAGAAAUGGAGAGUACAAAAAGACUCGUGAGCAAAGUUCGCAGGACCCUCUCCAGUAGUGGUGUACUUCCCAAAAUCAUGGUACUUAAGGUUCACGCAUUAUCCUCGCGCUCAAGGUAUUCUGGCGUAAAUCAGUAGCAGUGUUUGACUGACCAACGGGCACAAACCAUUAUUAUACUUGUUUAUACAGUCCUGCAGAGGAGAGGCCUGCAUUUUCUUUUCCUGGGGUUCUCACAAUGGCUGCGGGAUCAAAGUAUUUGCCAGUUCAGCCCCUAGUAAAAGAACUUGCCAACACUCAGAAUGCUGCAUUUUAGCAAAACGUCUUUUUUAAAAGAAAAAAGAAAAAAGAUUCUGAUCUCUUCUCUGAUGUUUAUUUUCUCUUUGGGUGGCUUUGAAAAGUCAAAGUAAAUAUCACCCAUUCAAGAACACUUUGGCAAUCCCUCUCCGGAUCUGGCACUGUGGAAAGGUUGCAGCGAAUUCCAAGCUGAUAACAUGUCACAAUCAAAAUAACCAGACUUCAUCUCUGUGCAUAGUGCAUUUACAAGCUUGUUAUAGAGCUUUAUUUCUUCUGUUGUUUGAAAUGCAAACAUAGGAGGUAAUUUCGUUUCAUUGAAGGAUGUCCCUAAAUGCAAUGUGUGCUGUUGCGAAAGACAUUGGUGACCACCCAUAACCGCGUGGCAGGAUGUUUCUAUCUUCUGUGGGGACAUAUUGUUUGUUUUUGACGGCAAAUAGGUGAAAUAGCUUUCAUGAGUAGUCCCUUCGAUGACAUGCCAUAGCAUACAUGAACUUCCAUAAGGAUUCUUCCAAAUGUUAGCGGUUCAAUUUGUUGUAGACAAUGACCUCAGGGAUCAUCGGUUCAUCUGAAUUACGUGCGGCGUGUGAAUUCAGCUUGGAACUAGUUUGGUGAUUAGAGUUAAGGAAACAGGCGGUGGAAGUAUUUUGGGGGGGGGAAGUCAAAAAACAGCAAUUCAGACACCAAGCAUUCAUAAGCUAUGAGAAACAUAGGGCCAGUAGUUACGGGAAAAGGCUAUAAAGUUAGCUUUUACUGCUCUGCCGCUAAUAAACUAAACAUGCCAAUUCUAUCACCAUUAUAAUAAGGCUAAAGCACAGUAUUAUGUACAGUAGCAUGUACAAAGUGUUUCACUGUAGUUGGAAAAGUUCCUCUAGUUUACUACGCACCAUACCACCACCAAACACAACGCUCUGUCGACGUGCCCUAGUAUCGAACUGCUUUCUCCGCAUAUAUUUUUGUUAUAUGUAGAGUAUAGAGAUUUUGCCAAAGGAGUGCACCAUGGAGUUUGCGUUGACCAUUUUAUAACUCUAAUCGUUUGUUUUCGAGUGAGCAUGCGUUGUUGUACUCUAGCCAAUUAGUGCGACAGUAAGCUCUUAAAGGUACGGUGCUCUGCUUCCCAGGAUUCCUAGAGUCUUGGAGCACGAGGGAAUGUUUUCUGCCUGCUCAACACAAACCCACGGUUCACGCGUUUAUACCGAACUCGGACCUCGCUCGUUUAGUCCCACAUGCUCCAACGUUUGUACUUGUUGCACAAAUCAGAAAGGCAGAAACACACUACUGUUCUUAGUCUUGAAUGUAUAAGGCUAGUGUUUAAGUAAGUUUGCAAUCUAACCCGUGGAUAAGUGCCAGAGUAGUUCUGAAUGGAGAAGCUUGCAUAGAGAAGAGUUGCAAAUGUACCAUAGAUAUCUUAGAUUUUGACCUAUGCAGGUUACACGUUCUUGUAAAUAGUCUCGAGAAACUAGCUAUCUUAAAAUAUGUCCUGAGAAAUUGCAUGGUACAAUUUAAUUACAAUUCAGUACAAAAGUAUAUAAAUGAAUUAUUAUAUUUUUGGGAGGGCUGGGGGCGGGUGGGGGUUAAGAUUAUGUGGCUGUGGCAUAGAAGGUAGGGUGUUUUAGGUAUUUCAAUUACAAGCACUUGAUUUAGAAAAGUGUGCCAGGCAAUAAAAAUACCUCUGUUAAUGCUAGCAAUGCCUCAUUAGCACGAGAGAGGCAAGGCUAAUUCCCGGUUCCUCAGUGCCCCUGAAACUGUAGGUUUAAACGUAUCCACCGAAGGAACGGCAUUUCAUCGCGCUCAAAGUAACACUUUGGGGUUUUUUUUUUACCCGAGUGUGGCCAAGCAUUUGGUUUUUCCUCCUUCCUCCUAAAAUGGUGCAACAUCUUCAGUGCUUGAUUGACACAUACAGCUGCUGUGCGUGAACUGGGAGGAACGGGGAUCCCUCUCAAGUAACAUUACAUUCCAUCCUAUUCGGUUUUUGCCCCAACUCAUCUUUCACAUUUCUCUCGACUACAGAGAAAUUUUAGGGUUGUUCACACAACAAUCUGGCCUACGCGUAAUUGAACGAUCUUCCUUCUAUCAACCCAUUGCUGAGAUAUUUCCAUCAGUACGCUAUGUCUUUUUGUGGUACAGUUUCUUGGCCACUAGAAACCUAUUGUUUUUAACCCACUUUAAGCUGCCUUCCAAACUGUGCUUGUACUCUCUGCAUUUUUUUAUUUUAUUUUUUUUGGCUUCAUUGUUAAUGUUGAGGAUUAAAGAAAAGAGAAAUGUGCUUUUGUUUUGUUUAAAAAAGCAAAAA